GCCGUCCAACAUUAGCGUGAACGGGUUUUUUUUGCAUUGCAUUGCCACAACUGGAGCCUGCAGCCAUUUCUUUCACAGGUUUUUAUCCUGUUUCUUCCAGCACUGUUUGAGAGGAUUGUCGCUUGUUCGUCACCAAAACCUCGGAGUCAGCACAGGCCGGAUUUUCCCCCUUGUUUUAUCGGCUGGCUUGCCUGCCAGCUGAAUCUUGUAGAGAUGGACCCAGCAAGCCGAUACCAAGUGUUGCACAAUGAGGACGACUCCUCAGAGGCCUCUACCAGUGAACAGCAGCCGUCGACUUCUGCCACAGCCCAGGCCGGGACGUCAUCAGCUCAGGCUCAGGCCCAAGCCAGCCCCUCCUCUGCCCCAGCAUCAGGGCAGGCAUCCGGAUCAGGGACCCAGGGGGAGGCAGACGCCCCUCCACCACCAUAUGCCCCCAUUGACCUGGGAGCAACUGCCUCUGCACCUGAAACUAGUUUCCGAAGCGAUUUCCCGGUGCCUCCGCCCUACAGUGUUGCCACUUCCCUGCCCACGUAUGAUGAAGCAGAGAAGGCCAAAGCUGCUGCCAUGGCUGCCUCCACUGUGGAGGUGAUGCCAAGGGAUGAUGACUUCCCUCCCAGAGAUGAUUUCAGUGAUGCUGAUCAGCUACGAGUUGGCAACGACGGCAUCUUCAUGCUGGCCUUUUUCAUGGCCUUCCUGUUCAACUGGAUCGGCUUCUGCCUGUCCUUCUGUCUGACCAAUACAAUUGCAGGACGCUACGGAGCCAUCUGUGGCUUUGGCCUCUCCCUCAUCAAGUGGAUUCUCAUCGUCAGGUUCUCCGACUACUUCACUGGAUACUUCAACGGUCAAUAUUGGCUCUGGUGGAUCUUCCUGUUGCUUGGUCUCCUGCUCUUCUUCAGAGGCUUUGUCAACUAUCUAAAAGUCCGCAACAUGUCAGAGAACAUGGCCACCUCCCAUAGAACACGCCUUUUCUUCCUCUACUAGAGGUUUCCACGCCAACAUCAUUCCUCCCUAAUGUGAAGUUCCUUUCUACCCCCUCAAAUGACCUGACCUUAUAAGUCUUGCAGUGAAGAGAGGAGGUAGGGAAGGAAUGAAGGAAAGAAGCGGGGGGAGAGUGUCAUCAGUCUCAUUAAAAGCAUAACAUGACUCACUCUGAAGUCUCUCCUUCUGAACCAAGCCGAACCCAUCCCUUUGAUGAUCAGAUCUCUUUUUGGCUUUGUUUCCCCCCUCCCACCCUCCUUUUGAUUUUAAAAAAAAACUCUUAUUCACUGACCUCUUUUUUUGUUUUGUUUUGAUUAUCUUUACAUGUUCUGAGCAAGAAUCAUGUGAAAUCGUCUGAAACACCCGGCCCCCAGAUGCAUCAUGUUGGUGGUUGCUCUCAAAAGCGCUAGACCAGCUCUCCAAAAUGGCCUUGAAAGCACAGAAAAAGUAUGAAAAAUAAUUUGGCAGUGUGUGAGGGGAAAAAUAAAAUUUUAAACUUACAUCGAAUUAUUUGCCCCGAUAGGGUGCGUACACCACCACACUAAUAUCAGUGUAUAGUUGAAAAAUAAAUAUCCAGUGUUUAAAAAUGGAUGUGUGGAAAAUAAUUCAAAAAUGAAAAAAACAUGUAGAAACCAGUUUGUACUCUUUCAGAUCCUGUUUUUUUUUUUCCUUUCCAGCUUUGCCUGCUUUCCCUCAUAUGUCUUUUGAGAGCAAGUUCAAGUAAGGAUUUUUUUUUUUUAGACUUUUAGGGUGCAGCCAUUUUCUAGUUUUGAGUUUUUCUAUAUGAGACCUGUUGCAGUCGAGCUGGCUGUGCAUGACAAGAUUUCUUGAACAAAUUAAGCACUAGAGUUGCCAUUCCCACCUUUUUCAAGUUGGGGUGUUUUGAAGUCUUAAUUGUGGUGUAGCGUUUUCACUUCCUCAUUCUAAACUUUUGCAGCUUGGCUUGAUCGAGGCUAAAUGUAGAUCAGUCUUACAGUGCGCAUCUUUAUUAUUUUUUCUCUCUUAUUUUUACUUUACAAUGAGGACUUUGUCACAGUGGUCCGACCUAUGCAGUAUCAACCGUGAUCCAUCAUUAUACUGACUUUAGAGAAGCUGGAAGUAAUAUGCCACUGUGCAGUCACUGUACAUCUAAUGACAGAUUUGCUAUGAUGACAGGUGACUGCACUCCUUCCUGCUCUUUGGUCGGCAGUCUCUCUUGAAUCAGAGAAAAUGAAACGAAUGUCUCCACUAUGCUUUGCCGAACCUCAAAUCGUUCAUCUUUUGCUGGACAUUUCACCUGAACUCUAGCCCAAUAUAUUACAGCAAUAGAGAAGAGCUGCAUCCAUUGGUUGACAUUAUAAUGCUUUAUACCUAUUUUAUUUUUAUUUUUUGGUUCCUGCGCCAAAUAUGUCUGGCCAAACUAUACUGAUGAGCCACUGAGGAACAUAGCUUAUCAGUGGAGGCAGCACACACACACACACAAGCAAGCACCCUGGCUACAGUAGAAUCAGUGGAGAGAGGCAGAGAGACAGAAGCAGGACUCCGUGGCAAGUGAGCCUUGUAUGCAUCCCCAGCUUUACUGUUGUGGAAGUGGAAUUCAUAAUAAGGUUUUACAUAACCGUUACUUGCCAGGCUGGGGUAGAACUAUCUUUGACAAAAAAAAAAAAAAAAAAAAAGGGUCUUAUGCAAUUUAGCUAUUUGUUAAUUACCUAAUUGUGGAUGUUGAUUCCUGUGAUGAUGAAUUAGCUAUAGUGGAGUAGUUUAGUUGAGUGCAUCAGAGGUUUGAGUUCAGUCCCAGUCGGAGAUCCAAGUACGGCAUCUGGUCUGGUCCAGAGUGAAACGCGCAUGAAUUUUGGACAAGGCUGAGGUGCUAUUGAUUGAACAAGCAGCACAGUUGAGUCUUUAUGGACACAGAAUAAAUAACUGCAGUUAGUACAUCUCUGCAGUCCAUAUUUGAGUUUGGUAAUCAUCCACUCGGUGGUCUGCACCGCACAGCCUUGGGAAGAAGGUGCUUCAGAUUCACCUUGCAGGUCAGCAGAAAGUUUCCAAAGAGAAUCAGUUGAAAAUACAAUCCAAGAUGAUCAAUGCAAACAAAAAACAGAUAAAAAACAUACAAAAAAAAGGUUCCAGACUCUUCUAAAUGUAACCAGAUCUGCAUGUUGUGCAUGAUUUAGAGAAACUCUGUCCUGCAGUAGUUCUACAUGUGGAUCUCUCUGGGAUUUGGCUUGUUAGGAAUAGAUUAGAUUUAAAUUUACUUCUGUCCUCCUUCAAGCGUCCUGUCUUUUCAUGGAGUGAGAAGCUUGUGUUCAUGGGUGUUAACCGAGAUCCCGUUGAGAAGGUGGCAGCACAGUGACGGUUGCAUUUGGGUUGGUGUGGAGAAAACAGCCACCUGUAUUCCGUGAUAAACUUUGAGCUUGCAAGAUGAGAAUAAAUCUUGCAAUCAAAAGAUUUUGUAUUCGCUUGUGAGUGUAACUGAUAAAUGCGAAAUUGUGGUGGAGCGAGAAUUCAUAAUGUCUAUGAUGAUGUGCACCAUGAAAAUGGAGCGCGACUGGACAAAAAAAAAAAAAAAAAAAAAAAAAAAGCUCUUUGAUGAUGAUUUUUUUGUCAGUUUCCACAAAAUGAAAUGUAUAUACCAGCUCAUGCCAAUUCACGAUAUUUGCACUUUCAAGAACUUCUGUAUAUGAUUUGUGAAUCUGCUUAACUUGAUGUGGUGGGUAGACAAAAAUUAUCUUAGCCAUCUAAGUUUUUCAACUGGAAAUCUUAAAAAUCAUCCCAAAUGGAUAUUUUGCCUUUUGCACUUUUUAUUUUCAAAAAGAUAAUAUUGUUAUUGUGUGUCUUGUUUCAUCGCUUUUAGCCUAAACUGUGACAGUUUAAGUAUUGCCAAACUUUUUUUUUUUUAAUGCUAGAAAAAUUGUUUUCCACUCAAGAGUCAUAUCCCACUAAAGCCUCUUUCAGCAAUAUCAAGAUCUUACAAUGAAUUAAAGCUCUGAUGCAUGAUUUAUGCACCUGAUUGAGUGGGUUAAUAUAAGGACUAAAAGGUUAGUACUACAAUUACAUUUGUUUGUAAAUAAAAAGAAGAAAAGAGACAACAGUCAACUAUUUUUGUCCAAGAUAAUCCUUGUAACAUCCUUUGGAGCAGAUAUGGUUGUUAUGCAUUCAUGUAACUGGAAUAAAAUUCAAAGAUGAUGUCUUGCAAAAAAUGCCAAUAAAGUACAAAAGCCUGCCAAU